GCGGGACUUUGGCGGGGCCAUUGCUAGUUUACGGUGGAAACAGGCGGAUUUAGCUAUGGAUCACGUCAUUUGCCCGUUUAAUGCCGAGCACAAGAUUCGAGGCACUGAAUUGAGAAUGCACAUUAUGAUGUGCCAGGACAAAUGCUUCAAGGAUAUGCAGAAGCAAGUUGAUCUGCCCCUCAGAAAGAAGACAAAUUGGAAGCAUUUUCCCAUCUGUGCAAAGCGGGAAGAGCCAGACAUUAAAGUUUUUGAUCCGCAAGAUCCAGAAAGGCCUCUACAGUGCCCAUAUGAUUCCAACCACCAGAUAAGGGCUUGUCGCUUUCCUUAUCACUUGAUAAAGUGUAGGAAGAGUCACCCUGAUGUUGCCAUGCAGCUUGCCACCUGCCCUUUCAACGCUCGCCACAUGGUACCGCGAGCGGAGCUUGGCCACCAUAUCUCAAACUGCGAUGACAAGAGCUGCAUUGAACAGGAUAUUGUUGAUGAGAAAACCAUUUACAAAAAAGAUGUGACCCCCAGUUUGUGGAAUUCACCACCAUGUAAUGAGGAUUGGGACAAUGAUUUGCAGACAGAUGCAUCAACAUUUAUGUGGGGAAUUCCUUCAUAUCCUGUCCCUAGUUCUGGGACUUUAAUGGAUCCAAAAUCUAGCCUGGGGUCUAAUUUGCGAGCCCCCAAGUCUCUGCCAUAUGUGUUGCCUUGGAAAACGAAGAAAAGCACUUCGUAAGAGCAUGGAGCUGUUCGUGGAGGAUAUCUGCUCGUUCUUAAACUUUUAUUUGGGUUUCUCAAGUUCGGACCGCCUGUUUUUGUUAUGCGUCUUGUUAACAGCCACAAGUUUGUGUUG